AUGUCAUACCAUGUUGAAAGGACGUGCAGCUCCCCUGUCACUGGCCAAUGCCCGGGCAAGUUGAUCUGGCCAGAGUUGUUGGGCAGGAAGGGCAAGGAGGCAAAAGAUGUGAUUGAGAAAGAGAGACCUUCCACCGAUGCCAUUUACGUUCCCCAAGAUGCCGUUGUUACCGGUGACUACUGUUGCAAUCGCGUUAGGAUCUUCGUGGCUGCCACGCCCAAUGGUGACUAUGCAAACGCCAAGGUGAUUGCGGUUCCAAGAGUUGGGUGAUUCACAUGCUAUAUGAUCAGAGGAUGCAUCAACUGAUGGCAUGAAAUAUAUCUUAGUAGAUUCAUGUUAUGAGAAAUAAAAGUAAUGGCC